GUUCGGAUUCAACUGCGUUCUCCAUUCCAUAGCCCCGCGCAGUUACCAUGGCGACAGAGCGUCAGUACCAGCUGGUGAUACUUGGGGCCUCUGGCUUCACAGGGCAGUUUGUGGUUGAGGAAGUGUCCCGGGCGGCAGAUAGUGAAGAUUUCAAGGGCUCUGGGCUCCGCUGGGCAGUUGCGGGUCGGAACAAGAAGAAGCUGGAGGAAGUUUUGCAGAAUGCAGCACAGAGACUGUCCAAGCCACAACUGAAGACUAAUGUUGACAUAAUCAUCUGUGAUGUAAGUGACCCUCCCUCCCUCGCUGAAAUGUGCAAGAAGGCCUCUGUUGUUCUGGACUGCGUGGGGCCAUACAGGUUUUAUGGUGAGCCAGUGGUGAAAGCCUGUGUUGAGAAUGGAGCACACUUUGUUGAUAUAAGCGGAGAGCCCCAAUUUCUUGAGGGAAUGCACCUGAAGUAUAACAGCCAAGCAGCAGAGAAAGGAGUAUAUAUUGUUGGCAGCAGUGGUUUUGACUCCAUUCCAGCAGAUCUAGGUGUUUUAUUCACCAAAAACAGCUUAAAAGGGACUCUGACUGCAGUUGAAAGUUUUUUGUCUUUCAAAUCAGGACCAAAGGGCACCUGCAUUCAUGAUGGAACAUGGCAAUCGGCAAUUCAUGGAAUUGCAGAUCAGGGGAAUCUUAGGAAAUUGAGAAAGCAGUUGGCAUAUAAGCCUCUUCCAGUAGUCGGGAGGAAAAUAAGGAGGAGAGGAGCAGUGUUUUAUAGUAAUGAACUGAAGGAAUAUGCCAUUCCGUUUUUGGGAGCAGAUGCUUCUGUUGUCAGACGGACGCAGCGUUAUCUGCAUGAGACUCUGCAGGAAUCUCCUGUGCAGUAUGCUGCAUAUGUAGCUGUUGGUGGUCUUACAUCUGUGAUAAAACUGAUGUUUGCUGGAAUCCUAUUUUUACUUUUCACAAAGUUCAGCUGUGGGAGAAAACUUCUGAUCAAAUUCCCCAAUCUUUUUUCAUUUGGCUAUUUCUCAAAGGAAGGACCAACACAAGAACAGAUGGAUGGAUCAUCUUUCACAAUGACAUUUUUUGGUGAAGGUUAUAGCCAAGGGCACAAGCCACAAGACGGGAACCCAAAUGUAAAGAUCUGUACGCAAGUGUCAGGACCAGAAGCUGGGUAUGUUGCUACUCCUAUAGCAAUGGUACAGGCCGGAGUGACCAUUUUAAAGGAACCUGCUUUGCUUCCAAAAAGCGGAGGGGUAUACACACCAGGUUGUGCUUUCUCUAAGACGUCAUUGAUUGAACGUCUGAACAAAGCUGGUCUCCACUUCUCUGUCAUCAGCAAACCAGAAGCCUGAGAAGCAUUGGGAGCAGUGUAUCUACAAACAUGGCUAACUGGGAUACCGUCCACUUACACACAAUUACACGUUUAACUCAUGUGUUGAUUACUUGGAACUGUUAAGUAGCCAAUUAAAUUUCUUCGUUCACGUUA